AUGGCCCAUGAUUCACCUCCUAAUCUUGUUGUUAUGCGUUUAUCGCCUCCAACUUAUGAAUGUGCAGCAUGGCAACUUAUGGACGCAUCCGAUGCUCUCGUAGCGCUAGAGACGGAAACUGUCGAGAAUGUCAAGCAUUCCGCUUAUAUGCCUAUGCUCCUUUUGCCUCAAUAUGUUAACGAGUGUUUCCUGGGUGAGACUUUAAGCCUCUCUAUACUGCUCACCAACGGAAACAAGACACCAUGUACUAACGUGAAGCUUACUGUUGAGGUGACUACAGAUGAACAGCAGAAGGACCCUUUUGUGAUUGAGCCAUUUUCUGAUAUCACUUUAGAGGGUAACACGAAACCGUAUCAGACUAGUAUUUCGUAUCUUUUCCACAAGUCUCAACAACAUUUCAUGACCUUUAUCGUGACAUACAACUGUGGUAAGAAAAGUUAUCAAGUCAUAAAACGUGCUGUUUGGAAUGUGGUUAACCCCCUUAAGGCCGAAUUCCUCCACAAAAAGGAUUCAAUUGGAAGGUCUCACUUAGAAGCUACACUGACGAAUAGUUCGCAGCUCAACGUUACUAUCAAGGACGUGAAGCUUGUUAUGCCAGAGUCGUCAGCUUACGUCGAUCCUAUAACUCCGCCGAAUGAUGAUCUCAACGCUGUAUGUGUGCUUCGUCCAAAUCAUGCACACAGUGUUAUCUUCACUAAUGUUAGGAUCCAUAAGGCGUUGAAUAUAAAGGUAUUUUGGUUUUGCUAUGAGCGUGGAACUGGUCAGAUCGAUAUGCCGGUCGACCUGUUUAGCAACCGUCUUCCCAUCGUCUACGAGACCAUACGGCACCCUGGAACGGUAUCGCUAAAGGAAGAGUUCAAGAUAACAUUCAAGGUCACCAACACUACUUCUGGACCUUUGGAUUGUAUGUUAAGGUUCCACGAAGAGCAGCUGAAACCACUAGCAGUGCAGGUUGAGAGCUAUAUGGAUAGUGGCGGUCUUGCUCCUGCUGAAUCGAAAAUCAUUGACGUGCCGUUCAUAAGUUUGGCCAAGGGUUUCCAUACGAUUGGAGGGAUUGAGAUACAUGUGAAGCCGAAUAUAGUUAUACCUAUAACCGACCUUCAGGUGCUUACUUUGUAA